UAAGACCUGUGGUGCUUGUUUAGAAUUAGUCAUUUUACUAAAAAUCGCUUAUAAAAUGGUCAAGUUUUCCGACAUUUUGGGGAAUUUGUUCAACAAAACUGGUUCUUCAAAGCUAGAAACAGACGCUUCUCCAUUGCCGCCAAGACCCAAAGGAAAUAAAGGCAACACACCGUCAACCAGCACCAGCAGUAUCACCACGCCAGAAGCAAACGGGGAUUCCCAAACCGGCGAUGCGGAUGCGCAACCCAUUGAAACACUACGACCGGAUAACUCGACGCUUGUACCUGCGUUCCCUAACGCCCUGCAACCGAUGCCGGACGGUAGUCUCACGCCAGCCUCCAGCGUUGUGAACAAUUUUCAGCAAAACACCCUUGCGGCACCACAAACAUCCAUAUCAAACACAACUGGAAUGCAAGUUUUCCAGAUCAAAAACUCUAGCAAUCUCCACAUCGGCAACAGUUUCACCUUCAACAAUCCAGUAAAGGAUGAAUGUGCCUCAACGAGCGGUUUAUCGCAGGCGUCCAACGUAAAGUGGGCCAAUUUAAAGCUAUCCAAUACCAUUUCACAAAUGAUGUUGAGCCAGGAAGAGGUGGACACGGAAGUCUUGGAUGUCAUUUCCCGCCAUUUGGGUUACGAAUGGAAGAGAUUUGCUCGUAGGCUGGAGUACUCGGAUGGACAAAUUGAUGCAUUCGAAGCAGAUCAUCCGACACUGUCGGAGCAAAUCUAUCACUUUGUACUAGAUUGGACUCGAAACGAUGAUGAUCCGACUUUGGGCAGACUUGUUACGCUGUUAUGGACUAAUAAACAUAAAGAAACAGUGUACUACAUCAAGCAAAUUUGGAAGAAGAAAAAAGAAGCCUAUAUCAAUGAAAGUAAUAGUUAAGAUCUCUACGUUUCACAACAUUCCACAUCAAACGAGAUCAUAAUUAAGCUUUUUUACCAUUAGAUUGUGAUACGGACAGUAAUGUUGUUCGAAAUAAGUGCCUUUUCCAAUUACAAUCCAAAUUUGUAUGCUUCAAGCGUUUUACGAAAAUAAUUAUACGGUUAUUCAAUUACAAAUUAAAUAAAGAAUACAUUAAGAGUAAAAAAAACAUGAAAAAAGUCUCUU